AUGGACCAUGAUUCUGGUAGAACAACUCUUGUUGGAGAGCAAACAACUGAUUUGGAAGAAGAGAUGAUCAAGGGUCUGACUCAAGUACCGUGGGAACGUGUAGAUGUUAGCUUUCACAAAAGCAAACAACGAUACGUUGCUCACAAUACCAUUCAGGCAAGUUCUGCUGAUUAA